UAUGUAUAGUUCUUAAAGUCAAUGAAUAGCUCUUUGAAAUAUCAUAAUAUUAAAUUUUAAUCAAAUUAUUGUUUUUUUUUAACUAAUUUUUAAGAUUUUGAUGGCAUAUUAUUUAUUAAUAUACAAUGACAACUUUACGUGAACGGCAGCUCAAUGCGCUGAAACAAAUGUUAAACUUAAACCAACCUCUCACGAAAAAUGUAGCAACAGAACCAGUAUGGAAAGUGUUAAUUUACGAUAGAAUAGGUCAAGACAUAAUUUCUCCACUUAUAUCAGUAAAAGAUCUUCGAGAACUAGGCGUAACCCUUCACGUGCAAUUGCAUUCUGACCGAGACCCAAUACCAGAAGUACCAGCAGUUUACUUUUGUUCACCUUCUGAAGAAAACCUUGGGCGAAUUUGCCAAGAUUUGGACAAUGGAUUAUAUGACCAGUAUCAUUUAAACUUUAUAUCGCCUAUCUCAAGGCAAAAAUUAGAAGAUCUGGCAGCAUCAGCUAUCCAGUCGAACUCUGCAGUAAAUAUACAUAAAGUAUAUGACCAAUACUUGAAUUUUAUAUGCUUGGAGGAUGAUUUAUUCAUUAUGAAACAUCAGCAGUCAGAUUCUUUAUCAUAUUAUGCGAUAAACAAAGGUGAUACAAAAGAUACUGAAAUGGAAUCAAUCAUGGAUAACAUAGUUGAGAGUCUGUUUUCUGUUUUUGUGACACUUGGUAAUGUUCCUAUUAUAAGAAGUAAUAAAGGAAAUGCAGCAGAAAUGGUUGCAAAGAAAUUAGAUAAAAAGUUACGGGAAAACUUAUGGGAUGCCAGAAACAAUCUAUUUCAUGGCAACACUGGGCAAGUGGGAUCUUUCAGUUUUACUAGACCAAUGCUUAUAUUGUUGGACAGAAACAUUGAUAUGGCAACACCAUUGCAUCAUACUUGGACAUACCAGGCACUUGCUCAUGAUGUUCUGGAUUUAUCACUGAAUAGAGCAGUGGUUCCUGAAAAUACAUCUAAUGCAGUUCCAGGUCAGAAAACUAAAACCCGAUUAUGUGACUUAGAUUCUAAAGAUCCUCUAUGGCAAGAACACAAAGGUAGCCCCUUCCCCACGGUUGCUGAAGCUAUACAAGAAGAUUUAGACAAAUAUAGGAGUUCAGAGGCAGAAGUAAAGAAGCUAAAAAGUUCCAUGGGCUUAGAUGCCGACAGUGACUUAGCACUUAGUUUGGUCAGUGACAACACCCAUAGACUGACGAGCGCCGUGAAUUCAUUGCCACAGCUUAUGGAGAAAAAACGACUUAUUGACAUGCACACAACCAUUGCUACAGCUAUUUUAAAUGCGAUAAAAUCUCGCCGAUUGGAUUCAUUUUUUGAACUGGAAGAAAAGAUAAUGAGCAAAAGCAGCAGCGUGGAAAGCAAAGCUGUGAUGGAUCUGCUAGCCGAUCCAAGUGCUGGUACUCCUGAAGACAAAAUGCGAUUAUUUAUUAUUUACUACCUGUGCACUUCUCAAAUUCCCGAUGAGGAAUAUAAAAAGUUUGAAACUGCGCUGUCAACGGCCAACUGCGAUAUAAAAGCCAUGACAUUUAUGCGUCGGCUGAAAGGUUUCACUAAAAUGUCAAGUCAAUACGAAGGAGGCGGAACGAAAACAGUAUCCAUGUUCUCAAAAUUGGUUUCACAGGGAUCUUCAUUUGUAAUGGAAGGAGUAAAAAAUUUAGUAGUCAAGAAACAUAAGCUGCCCGUGAGCAGGGCGGUGGAGACGGCGCUGAACGGCGGCAGCGGUGAUUCUGAGCUGGGCUGGCUGGACCCGCGCGCCGCCCGCACUGAUGCCGCUGCCCGCAGCCGCGCCGCGAAACACCCGCCGCCCACUGAUGCCGUGGUCUUCCUCGUCGGCGGCGGAAACUACAUCGAGUAUCAUAACCUCAUAGAUUUUGCUAAGCAACAAGCUUCUAACGGUACACCGAGAAAAAUUAUUUAUGGCACUACAACAUUGCCGAAUGCAUCACAAUUUCUGACACAACUAUCCCUGUUGGGUGAAGAAAUUCAAUGAACAUUCCAGCCCUACAAUUGGUACAUGUAAUAAUGUAAUAUAUACAUAUAUAUAUAUAACAGUUAAUUAUAUUAUUUUACUCUAUGGUUACUCUUAUGUUGUGGAUUUAUUAAAUAUUAAU